AUGGCGACACCUCAUCGGAUCGACGAUGAACGAAAUAAUAUCUCAACGUGGCAGAAGAUAAACAAUUGGCUGCCGUUUCCUUUUGGCGACCACCCCUGGUGGAUCGACGGCACUACCCGGGCUCCUGAAGAGAAGGACGAGAAUCCACGACUUUGGCGGAAAGAAGUGAUCAACAUCUUUGAUCAUAAUGGCUUCGACAUUCAAGUUUUCAUCGUCGCGGCGUCGGGCUUUUUGACAGACUCAUACUCGCUCUUCGCGACAAAUGUGAUCUUGCCUCUGCUUGCAUUCUUGUAUUGGCCAACUCGAAGCGACAGACUACCCGAGCUCUAUAUCAAUGUUGCGACUUUGGCUGGAUCGGUGGUCGGGCAGCUACUAUUUGGGUGGUUGACUGAUCGACUGGGACGAAGAAAGCUCUAUGGUUUAGAGCUGGUGCUGGUCAUAUUCGCAACGCUAGGGAUGUCCCAGGCUUCAAAUGGCAUGUACAAUAACAUGAACAUUCUGAGCUGGAUAAUAUUCUAUCGCUUCUUUCUCGGAAUGGGAAUUGGAGCUGAGUAUCCCCUCAGUGCUGUGAUUACCGCGGAGUUUGCCAGCACUAAAUACCGUGCGAGAAUGAUGGCUGCUGUAUUCCUGAUGCAGCCAUUGGGACAAGUUCUCGCUGCUGCAAUUGGAUGGGGAGUCUUGACAGGUCUGAUGCAAUCGCGUGGUCUCCAAAGUCUUGCAGACCGCGGAUUUGAGUUUGAUCAACUAUCAGUUGAGCAGCAGCAUCAGAUCAUGUCAACACUCGAUAGUGUUUGGCGCUGGGUUAUUGGUGUUGGUUGCAUCCCCGCGCUACUUGCCAUUCUUUGGAGAUUUUCUGUUCCAGAGUCGCCUCGGUAUACCAUGGAUGUUGUUGAUGACCCUAAACAAGCAAUAAUGGCCACAAAACGUCAGUUCCCACGCACCGCGCAGUUGUUGGAAUCGGUCAAUGUUUCUUCAGACGAGGGCGAUACUCUCGCUCCUUCAAAUCCUCGGAGUUUCCCGACUUCUCCUGCGCUUGGUGCCACUCCUGACCCAGCACAAGAUAACGAGUCGAGCUUCUGGACUUUCUUCUUCGUUGAAGGCAACAUCAGAUACCUUGCAGCGACUUCUAUCUGCUGGUUUCUGCUCGACUUUUGCUUCUAUGGUCUCGGUAUCAACUCCCCACGACCACUUGCCGCUCUGUGGGCCUCACAGAUCCCGAACAUCACCGUAACUUCUGUACUUCCCGCUGCCACAACCACCAUGACGAUUCCCUUUACCCAUACAGUGACCUUCAAUGGGAACAUUUACAAUCUGACGACGUCCAUUCUUGCAAAUAUACCACCCCCAACAACAACGAUUACUAGCCUGGUGGCAGCGACAGACUCAAGCUUCCAUGUUCCCGACUAUCAAAAUAUCUGGAACCCGACAAAAAACAUGUUCACCGAGUUAUCUGACAACGCAAAGUUCUAUAUUCUUACCAUUUCCAUUACCUCCCUGGUCGGCAGUGGAGUAUUAAUCUGGAUCAUUGACUUCAUUCCGCGCAAGAGCUGGUUGGUAUGCUCAUUCUUACUACUGAGUAUCUGGUUCGCCAUAUUAGGAGGGGUCUUGGUCGCGACCGAGUUCAGUGAGGCUCAUGUGGCCAACGUGGUACUCUACGCGUUUUGUCAAUUUUUAUUCAAUCUCGGUCCAAAUACCUUGACUUAUAUCAUCCCCGCAGAGAUCUUUCCCACCAGAUUCCGUGCAACCUGCCAUGGUAUCUCAGCUGCCUGUGGAAAGCUUGGCGCCAUCGUCAUUCUCAUUCUCACAGAGAAGACUAUACUGAACGCUAAUCCCCGGGCCUUGGACAAACUUCUUGGCGCUUUCUCGGUCCCACUGGCCGUCGGAGCGUUCUUUGCAUGGAUAUGGAUCCCGGAGCUACAAACACCACCGACCGGUAAUGCACGCGCACUUCGUCUGCCGCGACUGCCCAACAAGAGUUUGGAGUUGUUGGCGAAGGGAUGGAAGUUCGCUAAUGGCACUGACCAAACUCGAGACCCGCGCACUCGUCUUCCCAAAGGUGAAAAUCAAAGGCUAGGCUUUUCAAACAAGCUUCUUGAUACAUGGGUAUACCUUCGAUACAAAGGCAAGAGAAGGGUCUUAAGCACAGCGGGUCUCCCUGGUGAAAGGACGGGUACAACUGGCGAACCCAUACGAGUGGGGAAUGAUGCCCGUGGAUCAAAUUCACAAGACGGAAUCGAAAUGUACUCUUAG